UAGAUUUCCUCCACAGUACCCCAUAUGCAGCGUACUUUUCUCACCGAAACUGUCAGCUACGUCUUCCUGUUUGUUCCUUCCGCGCCAGAGCUCCUUUGGAUUCACCAUUAAUAGUGACCGUGUCGAGUAAGUUUCUAUUGAAGUGUCCCUGUUGCUUCGCCACACGCUCCACGGCCUGUCAGAUUUGACGUGAGGGGUGCAAUCGACCUUACGCGCCCUGUCGUCUCGUCGGCGAUUUCUCGGUGGAAGAGUGGAGCAGCUGCGAGGGUCGGCACCAUGCCGGACAGUCAGUCGGUCCGCGACAUUCUCGACGUCAUGCCCGACCCCUGGGCCUGGCACCUGGUUGAUCCCGCUGGCCGCCUCCCUGGAGAGCUCAUGGUGGAAAUCUUCGGUCAUCUGGACCAAGAAAGUCUGAUCAAUGCUGGACAGGUCAGCAGACGGUGGCGUGCUUUGGCCAAAAGGCAGUGCUUGUGGAACGCUGUGGACCUCCACGACACCAUGAGCGCCCUGCACUGGCAGGAAUUCUGCGUGAAGUACGAGGCGCCAUCGGAAUUUGCGGACAUCAUAAACCUUGAGGUGCGUCGGUUCUUGAGGAAACUGGUGUCAGCACCAUACUUGCGAUCUCUGGUCUUGGACUCGAGCUCCGGCAUAAUUGACGCACCCUUGACAGCCAUCCUGUGGGCCCCGAUCUCAAGGUACUUAUGCAAGUAA